AUGGAGAGCAUAACUUCUCAAGACUCAUGCUGUGAUGAAUAUAAGUGGGAUAAAAACUCGAAAAGGGGAGCUAUCCCUUUGGUUACUCCCUUUGGAGAAGAAUGUCGAAUGGAGUGCAAAUGUGACGAAGAACUUGUAAUCACACAACAAGAUGUAGGAAUCCAGUUUAGGCUGUUCCUCAUUUUAUUAGAUUGUUCGGAUGGCUAUUUUGGUAUUAACUGUGAAAGGAAAUGUAGAUAUCCUAAUUAUGGGGCAGGUUGCCAGGAACCUUGUCGCUGCAUGGAGGAAAUGUGUAACCAUAUAUCCGGAUGUCAGGUGUGCGCAGAUGGGUAUUUUGGCCAAAACUGCACUCUCCCUUGCCGGUUUCCGAAUUAUGGAGCAGGCUGCCAAGACGAAUGCAUUUGCCUUGAAAGAAUAUGCGAUCCUGUGACUGGAUGCAUGACUACAUGUAAUGUAUUCCGUACGAUGCAAUUAAUUUGA